AUGCUGAUCAAUGAAUUGCAGGAGUUUUAUCGUUGUGUCCGAGAUGGAGAUUCAUACACAAAAUAUGAAUUCAGUUGUGCCAAGGGUACGGGUUGGAGUGAGGAUAAACAAACUUGUGAUUACGCGGUAAAUAUUAAACGAUGUGAAGGACAAACCGAGGAACCGGAGACCUCAACCAUCACUACGGAAACCACCACCGAAAGUUCUACACUACGUCCAAACGUCAACAGCAUGGACUACAACGGAGAAACCUUCGACAACGACUGCCACAUCGACAUGGAGCACAGAAGCUGGGAUGACUCUACCACAACCACAACCAACAUCAACCACGCCGGUACCAAUUUGCCACCAGGAAAAACUUGCGAAGGUGAAGGCUAUAUGGCUGAUCCAAUGAAUUGCAAGAAGUUCUAUCGUUGUGUCCGCGAAGGAGAUUCAUACACAAAAUAUGAAUUCACUUGUGCCAAGGGUACAGGUUGGAGCGAGGAUAAGCAAACUUGUGACUACGCGGCAAAUAUUGAGCGAUGUGAAGGACAAACCGAGGAACCGGAGACUUCGACCAUCCCUACGGAAACCACCACCGAAAGUUCUACCACUACGGUAACAGCUGCAAAACCAACCACAGAAGAGAGCUCGACAACUACGAUCGUAACGCAAGAACCAACCACAGUUCCAACGCAAACCACCACAGUCCAAACGUCAACAGCAUGGACUACAACGGAGAAACCUUCGACAACGACUGCCACAUCGACAUGGAGCACAGAAGCUGGGAAUGACUCUACCACAACAUCACAGCCAACAUCGACCACGCCGGUACCGAAUUUGCCACCAGGACAAACUUGCGAAGGUGAAGGCUAUAUGGCUGAUCCAAUGAAUUGCAGGAAGUUUUAUCGUUGUGUCCGAGAUGGAGAUUCAUACACAAAAUAUGAAUUCAGUUGUGCCAAGGGUACAGGUUGGAGUGAGGAUAAACAAACUUGUGAUUACGCGGUAAAUAUUGAACGGUGCGAAGGACAAACCGAGGAACCGGAGACUUCGACCAUCCCUACGGAAACCCCCACCGAAAGUUCUACCACUACGGUAACAGCUGCAAAACCCACCACAGAAGAGAGCCGACAACUACGAUCUCCAAACGUCAACAGCAUGGAUACAACGGAGAAACCUUCGACAACGACUGCCACAUCGACAUGGAUGAUAUCAUCACCAACAUCGACCACGCCAGUACCGAAUUUGCCACCAGGACAAACUUGCGAAGGUGAAGGCUAUAUGGCUGAUCCAAUGAAUUGCAAGAAGUUCUAUCGUUGUGUCCGCGAAGGAGAUUCAUACACAAAAUAUGAAUUCACUUGUGCCAAGGGUACAGGUUGGAGCGAGGAUAAGCAAACUUGUGACUACGCGGCAAAUAUUGAGCGAUGUGAAAGACAAACUGAAGAACCUGAAACUUCAACCAUUCCUACAGAAACCACAUUGGAGACUUCCACAACGCCUAAGCCCGGUGAAUGGUCAACAACUACACAAUCGACACAAGCAACAACAAUACUUGACACUACCACACAGCAAACCACAACAAAAGAAACAUCAACAUUUCCAGAAAGUUCCAGUGCCACUGAGAACUCUACCACUGGUUUACAGGAAACGACCACAACCACAUCUAUUCCAACGGAUACAACACAGUAUCCAGUCACUUCAAAGCCGGGCUAUAAACCCACCACUUCAGCACCUUCAACCACAGAUAAACCGGGAACCGAUUAUACCACAACUCCGUCGAUUACGGAAGAAUAUCCGGGCACUACAGUCGAACCAGUUAAUCAUGUCUGCACCAACGAAGGUUUCUACCCCGAUCCACAGGAUUGCAACCGUUACUAUCGUUGUGUUGACGCAAGUAAGAACGGUAAAUAUCAAAUAUAUAGCUUCCGCUGUCCGGACGGUACCGUUUGGGAUACAUCGCUAGAGAUUUGUAAUUUCCCCAACAGUGUUUCGGGUAAUUGCUCGAAUUCUUCAGGCACAGCAACUACAACAGAGGAUGCUACAACGGAGUGGACGACUACUAGUUCUACCGAAAAACCCACCAAGAAGCCAGAAAAACCAACAACGGAGCAAACAACGACCGAUGAACCAACAACUGUACCUACAACUUCAACCACAGAACAGUCUACCACAACAACUCAGGAACCAUCAACAGAACCAACUUCUACGACGUUGAUCACAACUACUACUGAACCAACUACAACAACUGAAAUAUAUACCACCACAGAACAGUCCACCGUCCCACCAACAACAACAACUGAAUCAGUAACAACAAUAAAGCCAAGCCCUGCUUCAAAUCACAGCUCUCCAUGCCCUCAAAUUGGCGAAGGUCAAAAUACUUUUGUCUGCCCAACCGGCUUCCGUCGGCAUCCGAAAAGUUGUGACUUAUUUUAUCAAUGUACCGAGAAAGCCGAGAGCUACGAUAUGGCAAUUACAGUUUUCGAGUGCCCCAAAGGCACUGUAUAUCAUGAACAGAGGAACCUUUGCGAUAAGCCCGAUAAAAACGAUAACUGUCUGAAGAAAUCGAUAACGCGAUCGGGUCUCUAUGACGAGCAGAUAAGAUUCAUGAAUAUGAUACAAAUUCGCUCCGUCGGCGAAUCACUGUGCCCCGACGAAGGCCAUUUUGCACUAAACAAGGACGAAUGCAGUCAACUCUUUAUCAAAUGUGCUCACUCGCCGACGACGGGUCGACUAGAAGGCCAACUAUUCCGCUGCCCGCAAGGAUUCGCCUAUUGGACCGUUAGUCGACGCUGCGAACGUGCACAGAAACUGCUUAAUUGCACACCAGCUAAAUAUGAGACCGGCGGCGAUUUACCCGUAGAAUGGGCGAACAUAGGCAAUCGACGCAGAAAUUUGAAAAUUUAAUCUUGACACUGAAUAUGAAAAAACUUCCGAAGUAAAUUUUCUCCACAACUAAUAUAAAGUAAUAAUUCAUAUUUAUUUAAGUUAAUUUUUAAUUCUAUGCUAAGAAUUGUUUGCUGCGCAUGCGUUCAAACCAUUUUGCACAUGUGGCAUGCGCUGCAAACGAUGAAAGAAUAUUUGUAAUUAGUGCUUAAGCGGGUGCUGAUGUAAUAAUUACUCCUUAAAUUAGUCACACUGUCAGCUUAAUAUUAAAUUGGGUGAAAAUCAUUUUGUAAGCGGUGUUGGUAUUUAUUGAACGGAAGAUGUGAUUUAUCAUACUUGUAUCGGAUAAACAUAUUCCCAGUUAUAGACUCAUAAGUGAAAAGUCGAUUCAAAUAUUAAUUAAUUAUUUAAUAAGUUAUUAUUAUUUUGAUGUACUUCGGUAAGCUUUAUCAACGCUCUACCAAAAUGCCAUAAAAAGUUUUGAA